GAGCGAAAACCCCACGACGGAUGCCCAGCUGCCAGCUGCCCAGGCCAGCGAAACAACAAAUCAAUCCCUGUCGACCUCACACAAGGACUUCGCAUUCCACACCUAAAGCGUUCCCUUGACUCCCUCCCUCCCUCCCUCCCUCUCUCACGUAUUCCACUCCAUCUCAGACUUGUUUCGUAUCACUCAAGAUGUCCGCACCCGUCCCCCCCAGCUACAAGGAUUUGGGCAAGAGCUCAUCUGAUCUGUUGAGCAAGGACUACCCUAUCCACGGCACGUCUCUCGAGGUCAAGACCACCUCGUUCCCCGCCAGCUUCAAGGUCGCUGGGCUUCGUGAUGCCAAGUCGGCCGCUAUCACCGGUGACAUCGAGGGAAAGUGGGUCGACCCCAAGAACGGUGUCGCCAUCACUCAGGCCUGGACCACCUCGAACAUCCUCCGAACUCAGGUCGAGCUCGAGAACCAGAUCGCCCGUGGUCUCAAGUUGGACCUCUUGACCGCCCUCAACCCGGCCAAGAACCAGAAGAGCGCCCUUGUGACUGCCAUCUACAAGCAGCCCAGCGUUCACACCAGGGCCACCGUUGACCUCUUCAAGGGACCCACCUUCACCGCCGAUGCCGUUUUGGGUCGUGCCGGCGCCCUCGUCGGUGCUGAAGCUACCUACGACGUUCUCGCUGGUGCCAUCACCAGGUACGCCGGUGCCGUCGGAUACUCUGCUGCCGACUACAGCGUCGCCGUCCACGCCUUGGGCAACCUGUCCGCGUACUCGGCCAGCUACUACCACCGCAUCAACAGCGACAUCGAGGCCGGUGCCAAGGCUGUCUACGACACCAAGAGCACUGCCGGAGGUGUCAACCUCGAAGUCGGUGCCAAGUCUUACUUGGACAACUCUGCCUUUGUCAAGGCCAAGGUUAACAACGCCGGUAUCGUCGGCCUCGCCUACACCCAGGCUCUCCGCCCCGGUGUCAAGGCCUCGUUUGGAAUUGCCAUUGACACCCAGCGAUUGAACGAUCAGUCUGGUUCCAGCAACCACCGAGCCGGUGCCUCGUUUGUCUUCACCAACUAAAUCUAGUAUCAAAACGCUCUGUGACCAGUAGUAGUAAUAGUCUUACCAGCGGGGUUGUGAGACUGGAUUGAUCAUGGGAAAUAUCACGUUUUCAUUUCGACCAAGGAC